ACUGUCAAUUGAGUUUGUUGUUUGGUGUGUGUAUGUGAUUUUUCAACAUUCGAGAAAUUAUGUUAACAACAACCAAUUUUAUUUAUACGAUGGGCGAUUCUCAAGUUGCCAAUAUUGUGAAUGAAAUUUUGCGAGUGGAAACAGUAGAAGAAGCAUUCAGCUGUUUUUUGGUGCACAAACAAGAACAAGAAAAUGAGAGGUUAUCUGUAUAUCAAAAGAAAUUGUGUGCUAUCAUGAGUACUCCUAGUGCAGAACUGCAGGAUUCUGCUAUACGUCAAUAUUUGACUCUGACUGCAGUUCUCACUAAUAGAUACAAAAUGAAACAACUGUUGGGGCUUUUAGAAAAUUUAGUAAAUAAUAAUGUUCUUCAAGCAAGAAUGUUAUGUGACUGUAUACUAACAAGCGAGAAGCUUGUUUAUAAAAAUAGUGAUUAUUGGAUUGAAUGUUUUAAUUUGAUCAGAAGAAUUAUUGGUGGUGUUGACUAUAAAGGUGUUCGAGAAAUAAUGAAGGUUUGCCGUGAAAAAGCUCAAACACUGCCUGUUAGAUUAAACUCGAGCACCAUGCCACAAAUGAAAGCACUGUAUAAUGUGAUUGAAUAUAUCUUCGACCGUAAUGCUUCGCUACUGCCAGCGUACUUUAUUGUUACAGAGAUACAAAAAGACUAUCCUGAUAACAACCACUGGCCACACUGGCAACUCGCAAAACUUCUUACAACAUUUGUUGAAAGUUUUAAACCAUGUGCUCAAAUGGUGUCCAUAAUUGGUCACUCACAAAUGCUUUCAGUGGUUGAAUUUUCUGGAUAUGCUGAUCACCUUAUCAAUCCAUGGAGAUUAGACCCUAUAACUUUAAAAUUUACUUUAAAAGGAAAUUUGCCUUACGAUGAAGAAUUGUUGAAACCACAAAUAGCUCUACUGAGACAUGUUUUACAACAACCGUAUUCUAGAGAUAUGAUGUGUUCAAUGUUGGGUUUACAAAAACAACACAAACAGCGUUGUAUUGCUUUAGAGGAUCAAUUGGUUGAACUAAUGAUUUUACCGAUGGAGAGAAGUGAGCAAGAAAAUGAGGAUGAUGAGAUGUCUUCCACUCACUGGUGCUGGCUACAUUUAUCGUCUCAAGUUAUAUAUUUGAUACUUAUAGGUUUUGCAUCAUUUCCUAAUAUUGUUAUGGGUCUUCACAACAAACUGAUAGGUUACGAUUUGAAGAAGGGUCGAGAUCACCUAAUGUGGGUUCUCCUGCAGUUUAUAUCUGGAAGUAUACAGAGAAAUCCGCUGUCUAACUUCUUACCUAUCAUCAAAUUGCAUGAAUUGCUUUAUCCAGAAAAAGAACCUCUUCCGGUUCCUGAUUGCACAAGAGCACACUGCACACACCAAAUGGCCGUUGUUUGUAUAUGGAUGCAUUUAAUCAAGAAAGCUGAAUCCGAACAUAAAACAAUGACAAUGCCUCAAAAUCUGAAAGUUCAAUAUGAAUUUCUACAACAUCUAAUGACUUCAAAUAACACACCUACCUUAAUGGGUUCGGAUUACAGAAUAGCUUUACUAUGUAAUGCCUAUUCAACCAAUCAGGAGUAUUAUUCCCGCCCGAUGGGUAUAAUUAUAGAGACAUUGUUCGGAAGUCAGAAAGCAAUGCCAAAUGGAAAUCCAGCUACACCAUUGCCAACUGUUCCACUGUCGAUGUGUAUAUUAGACAGUUUGACUUUACACUGUAAAAUGUCUUUAAUACACUCUAUUGUUACUCACGUGGCGAAACUAGCUCAAAAUAAGACCAAUAUACCAGGAAGUAAUAUGAUGGCACCGGCAUUAGUAGAAACUUACAGUCGUUUGCUUGUUUACACUGAGAUAGAAUCGUUAGGUAUAAAAGGAUUUAUAAAUCAACUACUGCCGAAUGUAUUUAAAUCCCACGCGUGGGGCAUUCUGCAUAACCUGCUGGAUAUGUUCUCAUACCGGAUCCACCACAUCCAACCCCAUUACAGAGUGACUCUUCUAUCGAAUAUCCACUCGCUUGCAGCUUACCCCCAGGCUAACCAGAAUCAACUGCAAUUAUGCUUCGAAAGUACGGCACUAAGGCUUAUAACCAGUCUUGGUAGUUCGGGGGUACAAUUGCAAAUGUCAAGGGUCGUCUCGGAGCCAAAAUCUCUCGUUUCUAGCGAGAGUGAAGAGCUCAACCGAGUUCUCGUUCUCACUCUAGCAAGGGGGAUAUACAUGACUGGAGCUGGUAAUGACGGUGCAGCAGUUAAAGAGCUACUCACUACAAUAAUGACGAAUACGCCUCACCUGUGGUCUCAACAUACACUACAGUGCUUCCCACCUGUCCUAGUGGAGUUCUUUUCACAAAAUCCAGCGCCGAAGGAAAACAAGCAGUUGCUCAAGAAAUCCGUAGAGGAAGAGUAUCGCAAGUGGACCUCAAUGGCCAACGACAACGAUAUCAUAUCACACUUCUCCGUGCCCGGGACUCCUCUGUUCCUUUGUCUCUUGUGGAAGAUGAUAUUCGAGACGAACAGAAUCAAUCCUAUUGCUUUCAAAAUACUAGAUCGUAUCGGCGCCAGAGCGUUAUCCGCGCAUCUUCGUAAGUUCUGCGACUAUUUAGUCUUCGAAGUGACGAAUCCUGCAGGCGGCCCACAUAUAAACAAGUGUGUGGAUGCGAUCAACGACAUAAUAUGGAAGUACAACAUAGUCACAAUUGACAGACUUGUUUUGUGCCUCGUACUCCGUCCGAAUCCAGACGGUAAUGAGAGUCAAGUGUGCCUCUACAUCAUACAACUAUUGUUGUUGAAGGGCUGCGAACUAAGAAACAGGGCACAAGACUUCGUCAAAGAAAACUCGCCUGAACACUGGAAGCAAAAUAACUGGUACGAAAGACAUUCAGCUUUCCAUCGUAAAUACCCAGAAAAGUUUGCCCCGGAAGAAGCAAGCGGGACCUAUGUUGGUCCUAUACCAGUUUAUCUAAGUAACGUAUGUUUGAGAUUUAUUCCGGUUAUGGAUAUCGUAGUGCAUAGAUAUUUAGAGAUUCCGCAAGUUAGCAAGAAUUUGGAGCAGUUGCUGGAACACUUGGGAUACUUGUACAAGUUUCAUGAUCGUCCAGUAACUUUCCUGUACAACACUCUCCACUAUUACGAGUCGAAGUUGCGUGACAAAUCUCUCUUGAAGCGCAAAUUGGUCAACGCAGUAUUGGGCUCUUUAAAGGACGUUCGCCCAUCCGGCUGGGCUACCUCAGAGACAUUCCAGACUUAUCUAGCUAAGAACGACGUUGACGCUACCAGCUGGGCACCAGAUUUGAAUUAUUAUUUGAGCUUAAUUAACCGUAUGGUUGACACAAUGAUGGGCACUUCCCACUUUCCAAAUACUGAUUGGCGUUUCAACGAAUAUCCGAACCCGUCCGCACAUUGCCUUUACAUAACUUGCGUUGAAUUGAUGUCGUUACCGGUAACACCAAAUGUCGUCGGUAACAAUUUACUCGACGUCGUGACAAAGGGUUUUGUGGUUAUCCCGCCAACCAAAAUUCAACUCUGGAUUAACGCUAUAGGUAUCAUAAUGGCGGCACUACCUGAUCCAUAUUGGUCGGUUAUCCAUGAUCGUAUUCUGGAAUUAAUAUCUAGUACGGAAAUGGUGGAAUGGUCUUACCAACAUACACCGUUCCAGUUGUUUAAUUUAACGACCACGAAUGACGCCAUGCUGGAGAAUAAGUACAGUUUGACGUUGGCUCUAGCUCACGCUUUUUGGUACCAUGCGGGCGCGGGACAAAUAAUGCAGGUUCCUACAUUCGUCAAGGAUAAAUUAUCUCCCGAGAUUCGUACAGAAAUGCAACUGAUUUUCCUGUGUCAUCUUGUUGGACCAUACUUACAGAGGUUUAAUUCAGACUUGUCAAGGGCAGUGAUGGAUAUCACAUUGUCAUUGUAUGAGCUGUUGGCUCAUAUUGAUAAAACGCAACCACACUUGGAAUAUAUUGAUCCGAUAUGCGAUUUGCUAUAUCACAUUAAAUACAUGUUCGUUGGUGACACAAUGAAGACCGAAGUCGAGACUGUCAUUCGCAAGUUGCGUCCCGCUCUACAGAUGCGUCUGAGAUUCAUUACGCAUCUCAACGUGGAACAAAUAAACACCGCCUAGCAGAACGACUACUACAGCUACACGCCUUCGAGCUCCAGUUCGAGUUCUGAGUGACAGGGGUAGUUCUGUAGUGAUGUACAAGUGACUUAAAUUGUUUAAAAGUGAGC